AAAUAUUUCCAUUUAUCUUCUCUUCUUCUUAAAUAUUUUAUUUUUCUUCAAACUAUAUAGUAAUUUCACUUCCAUUUGAAGAGAAGAAAAUGGCAAAGAGUGGUUACAAUGCUAGCUUCUUGUUGCUUCUCUCAAUGUUCUUGAUUUUGCUCACUUUCUCUAAUGUGGUCGAGGGUUACAACAAGCUUCGCCCAAGAGAUUGCAAGCCAAAAUGUACUUAUAGAUGCUCAGCAACAUCACACAAGAAGCCAUGUAUGUUCUUUUGUCAAAAAUGUUGUGCAACAUGUUUAUGUGUUCCUAAAGGAGUUUAUGGCAACAAACAAUCAUGUCCUUGUUACAACAAUUGGAAGACUCAAGAAGGAAAACCUAAAUGCCCUUAAUUAAUUAGGGAAAUUAAUCUUUUAAUUUUUUCCAAUAAUUAAUGGAAAAGAUUAAAAGUACUAUAGCUAUAUUGUAUUGCAUUAAAUUGAUUUCUAUUUUGGAGUACUUUUGAUGUAAUGUUUUAAGUAUUUUGUAUUUCUCUACUUAUGUUAUAAUGUUGUCGGAGUCUAAGAUGAGUUGUAGAGCGAUAUAUGAUCUAUGUAUUAGGAUUCAUAUAGCCGUCUUCAACUUGCUUGAAGAUGAAGUGUUAUUGUAAUCUUUCUUUUUUUACAACGAGAGUAUAAUAAUAACUUAUUUAUUGAA